CUUUCAUGUAGCGCAAAUUUUGUUGUUGACAACAACGCUGCUAUUGUGAUUUGGUUUACUAUCUAGCUAGCUGGAAUAUAUAAAAUAACAUUUAUGAUGACCAGCAGUAAAACUAAUAUCUGUUUGAUGAUCAUGUACAAGGAUGAGUCGGUGGACGUCCGUUACGUAGAUGAUUCCCGUUUGCACUUGUCGCCCUGUGGCUCGGAGUUCAUGUUGGAGAAAGCCCCUACACGAUCUGCACAUCCUCUUCAGUCUAAUGAGAAGGUUCGACAGAGGACCAGGUUCGCAACCAGCAGCUACAAGGACCUGAUGCUUGGUGCUUUGGAGUUCAGGAACGAGUAUGCAACACGACCUUACCUGCCUGAAGAACUCAUCUCGGACGACCACAGACAGCAGGUCUUCAGCAUUGACCCUGAGGUGGAGUGGCCUGCAUGUUAUUCCUGUACUGCCGAGGUGGGAUUGAAACGAGAGAUCGUCGUCAGUUCAGUGGAGCGGAGUGCCAGUCUGCUGCUUUCUUCCUCUGGAGAGGAGUUCUCUGUAAACUUCACCUGCAGACUUAGUCACAACCAACUCCACAGGCCUCGGAGCCGAGACCCAGAUAGGUCUGUCACUGAACACAUACAGCAAGACAACCAAACCUGUAGGCCAAAGACUCCAUCUCAACAGAGUGGCGCCUGUGCUGAGCAACAGCAAGGAGAGGUAUACCUGUCCACCAGAGUGGUACAGCACCACUCUGUCUCCUGUGUUCCUCUGGUGUGGCGUUACCCUCUGUCUCUGGCCCUUCACCUCUGGCGCGCCCAGUCCCAGCCCUCUGGAGAGAGGAACAGGGGGGAGACAGAAGAAGAGACAGCCAGGGGGAGAGACCAGACUGAGAGAGCAGUGACAAUGACAAGCACAUCUAGAGGAGAGAGGAGGUCUCACCUGCCCCAAGCCCUGCCUCUCAGAUGCCCUUCCCCUCAUCAGCACAGGUGGAAGUCCAUGUACUCUCUGGUCCAAGAUGAACAGGAGGCAGACCAAGACCUCCCUACAGAGUUGGUUAAAGUGGUGUGGUGCCAAGGGGUGCUGUACAGGAUAGUGGAUGGAGCCAUCCCAGUUGUGGAGGUUUCACCAGGGGAUGGUUCAGUCAUCAGGUCUAACGGAGUGCUGGCCAGCUACUUCACCCACCACAGAGCUGGCCCUGGCCCUGGGGAGGUAAAGGAUGUGACGUACCACCUAAGCAGCCUCCCCCCUGACACACCUGGGCAGGUCUACUCUGUGUGCUCUAUGGUGACUCGAGCCAGCAGGAUCCUGAACUGCUACAACCAGGUUAAACACUCUCUAAAGCUCCCUGCUACACAGAGCUGCUACAACCAGGAGACCAGUUCAGAGCCCUUUAUACAGGAAGUACACAUUUCUGAGUCUGGUUACAUUAAUACCACAGAAACAAGACAAAGCAGGCCUAACUGUGUUGCUGAAGAGCUGGAGAAGAUCAAACGCUUCAACUUUCUGUUGGAUAACAGUCAUCUUCCUAAAGCCCAGAGGGUUUCUACAGUGGUGGGCUGUGGUUCUAAAGAGCACGUGGCCCACUGUGAGCCAGUCAAUGAGAGCAUUGCGGAGGCCCUCCAGAGAACCUCCAAAACCAUCCAGGAUAUCGACAACCUCCUACUUUCUAGAGACACCGUCAUGCAGGGCAGCGGAUCAUACAGUCCUGUGUGAUGUCGGGUUUGCUGUCAGAAAAUACUUAUUGCAAAUGAGGAACAUGUGAAGCAGAAUUAUUCAUUGGUUUCAGUAUCACUAAGUAAGCAUUGUCUAGUGGCAGUUUCAUUGCUUUACUUACAGUUGAAGUACAGGAAAAAGAAAAAUAGGAAAAAGAAAAAUAGUUUUCCAUGAUUGUGAGGCUCAGAUAUAGGUCAUGGUGUCUAACACUGUCCUCCAGCUCAGCAACAGCCUCAACCCAUGUGUGGUUAGACAUAUUGGUUAGACCAGACUCUGAAAGAUGAUGGUUGUGGUGUGUUGAAGCCAGGCAACAGUUUGUUGAAAAAUACUUAUUGUCCAUCUUAUUGCAAUUCCUGUACUGUCUUCAUCUAAUAUCAUGAGGCGUAUUGUACAAUGACAAUCAAAAGUAAUAAUGAUUUUAAGUCAUCUGUCGUGUCCAUUUCACCUCGUCAGUGCUUUUCGAAGUGCACAGUUUAAUAAGUGCCAUGAUUCCCCAUUUUGAAUCACUCAUCAGUUCAUGGUGGUCUCACUUCAGUAGGACUGGAAAGAAUAACUCUGAAGGAAGUGGCUGGAAAUGACUAAUGUUUUGUGUUGUGCUAUACAGGAUGUGUGUCAUUUAUACUCUACAAGGUGUUGAAAGUGUUCCACAGGGAUUCUGGUACAUGUUGACUCCAAUCCACAGUUAAGUUGGCUGGAUGUCUUUUGGGUGGUGGACAUUCUUGAAAACCCCAGCAGCGUUGCAGUUCU